GGGGGGAGGGGCGCCUCAGUUCGUUCUCCCGCUCUCGGGGCUGCGCUCCCACUGUCUCCGCGGCAGCCCGAGGUCCCCAAGUUUUUCGGGGCGAGGGUGCUGCCUCUUCCCCCACCGGGUCUCCUCCGUCGCUCUUCUCUUCCCUGGGCUGCGCUGCGCGGCUCUCGCUCUUCACGUAUUGUUUGGCUGGGUCUCUAAUGGCGGACGGGGAGGCAGCGCUGCCGGUCGCCGACUGCAGGGGGGGGGGGGGCAAGUCUCGGGCCCAGGGCAACUGCUUGGGGCAAAUGUGGGAGAUAGCAGCCCGGCGGUGACGUGAGCCGCCCCUUACCUCCGAAUCGGUGCCCCGAGUGGCGGGGAUGACGCUGGGUGGGCAAAUUUAGGAGGGAGUGCAAUUCCCCUGCUGGCGUCGAGGCAACGUUUUCCCUUCCCCCCCCCUCCCUUCCCAGUAGCAGGCUUGGUGCCCUCCAGCCUCCUCCCUCCAGAUUUUGCCUUUCACGUGGGCUUUGGUCCCAAAUAUAUGUUUUGCGCCGUUUUGCUCCACUUUACGUAGGAGGGGAUUGUUGGUCGCGGGCUGUGGAGCAAUAAUAGAGGGGCCAAACCUCCUUGACCUCUUACUCCCUUCUCGGCCUCCUCUUGGUGGAAUGGGCUUUGGUUCUCCCACCUGGUUAGAUGUUCCUGAUCCAUUUGCCAUUUUUCCUUUUACCCCAGGACCAGGAAUCGCCUUCAACCCCAGCUGGUGCAUCUUUGGCAGAAAGUGAGGAAAACACCCCCAUUGUUUUUUGGCAUGGACACAGGUUCAGUGGGAGGAUUAGAAUUGACUGAUCAGACUCCUGUUUUAUUAGGGAGUACGGCCAUGGCAACUAGUCUCACCAAUGUAGGAAAUUCAUUUAGUGGUCCACCUAAUCCUUUAGUUUCUAGAUCUAAUAAAUUUCAAAACUCCUCAGUGGAAGAUGAUGAUGAUGUUGUUUUUAUCGAACCCGUACAACCUCCCCCACCUUCUGCACCAGUGGUAGCUGAUCAAAGGACUGUAACAUUUACAUCAUCAAAAAAUGAAGAACUACAAGGAAAUGAUUCCAAAAUUCUUCCAUCCUCAAAAGAGUUGGCUUCUCAGAAGGGAAGUGUAAGUGAGACAAUUGUCAUUGAUGAUGAAGAGGACAUGGAAACAAAUCAAGGGCAAGAGAAAAAUUCCUCCAAUUUUAUUGAACGGAGACCUCCUGAAUCUAAAAACAGAACCAAUGAUGUGGAUUUCUCCACUUCCAGUUUUUCAAGAAGUAAGGUAAAUGCAGGAAUGGGUAAUAGUGGUAUCACCACAGAACCAGACUCUGAAAUUCAGAUUGCUAAUGUUACAACCUUAGAAACAGGUGUAAGCUCUGUGAAUGAUGGCCAAUUAGAAAAUACUGACGGGCGAGAUAUGAACUUAAUGAUUACACAUGUAACAUCACUGCAGAAUACCAACUUGGGAGAUGUCUCUAACGGACUGCAGUCAAGUAAUUUUGGUGUUAAUGUACAAACAUACACCCCAUCUUUAACUUCACAGACCAAGACUGGAGUAGGACCUUUUAAUCCUGGUAGAAUGAAUGUGGCAGGAGACGUAUUUCAGAAUGGAGAAUCUGCAACUCAUCAUAAUCCUGAUUCUUGGAUUUCCCAGUCAGCUUCAUUUCCUCGUAAUCAGAAACAACCAGGGGUGGAUUCUUUAUCACCAGUGGCCUCACUUCCUAAACAGAUUUUCCAGCCUUCUGCACAGCAACAACCCACUAAACCAGUUAAAGUCACUUGUGCAAACUGUAAAAAACCUUUACAGAAGGGACAGACGGCUUAUCAACGAAAAGGAUCAGCUCAUCUCUUUUGUUCUACCACCUGCCUUUCUUCCUUCUCUCACAAGCCUGCUCCAAAGAAACUUUGUGUUAUGUGUAAAAAAGAUAUAACUACGAUGAAAGGAACUAUUGUUGCUCAAGUGGAUUCAAGCGAAUCCUUCCAGGAAUUCUGUAGUACAUCUUGUUUGUCUCUCUAUGAAGACAAACAGAAUCCUACUAAAGGAGCUCUAAAUAAAUCAAGAUGUACAAUUUGUGGUAAACUAACAGAGAUUCGUCAUGAAGUCAGCUUUAAAAAUAUGACUCAUAAGCUGUGCAGUGACCACUGCUUCAAUAGAUACAGAAUGGCCAAUGGUUUAAUAAUGAAUUGCUGUGAACAGUGUGGAGAGUACCUGCCCAGCAAAGGUGCUGGAAAUAAUGUCCUGGUGAUUGAUGGUCAGCAGAAAAGAUUUUGCUGCCAAAGCUGCGUCAGUGAAUACAAACAGGUAGGUAGCCAUCCAAGCUUCCUGAAGGAGGUUCGAGAUCACAUGCAGGACUCUUUCUUAAUGCAGCCUGAGAAAUAUGGAAAACUGACCACUUGUACUGGUUGCCGAACACAGUGCAGGUUUUUUGAUAUGACUCAAUGUAUAGGUCCUAAUGGAUAUAUGGAGCCAUAUUGUUCAACUGCUUGCAUGAACAGUCACAAGACAAAAUAUGCAAAAUCACAAAGUUUGGGAAUUAUUUGCCAUUUUUGUAAGCGAAACUCCUUACCUCAAUAUCAAGCCACAAUGCCUGAUGGGAAACUGUAUAACUUCUGCAAUUCCAGUUGUGUGGCUAAAUUUCAGGCUCUAAGUAUGCAGUCAUCUUCCAAUGGCCAGUUUGUAGCUCCAAGUGAUAUUCAGUUGAAAUGCAACUAUUGCAAAAAUUCCUUUUGUUCAAAGCCAGAAAUCCUGGAAUGGGAGAACAAAGUGCAUCAAUUCUGCAGCAAAACUUGUUCAGAUGACUAUAAGAAGUUGCAUUGCAUAGUUACAUAUUGCGAAUACUGUCAAGAGGAGAAGACUCUUCAUGAAACAGUAAAUUUCUCUGGCGUUAAGAGACCUUUCUGUAGUGAAGGCUGCAAACUAUUGUAUAAACAAGAUUUUGCACGACGUUUAGGACUGAGAUGUGUUACUUGCAACUAUUGCUCUCAGCUGUGUAAGAAGGGAGCGACUAAAGAACUUGAUGGUGUCGUGAGAGAUUUCUGUAGUGAAGACUGCUGUAAGAAAUUUCAGGAUUGGUACUACAAGGCUGCAAGGUGUGACUGUUGUAAAUCUCAAGGAACACUUAAAGAGAGAGUGCAGUGGCGUGGGGAGAUGAAACAUUUCUGUGAUCAACACUGCUUACUACGUUUCUACUGUCAGCAAAAUGAGCCCAACAUGACAACUCAGAAAGGACCUGAAAACUUACAUUAUGAUCAGGGUUGUCAGACGUCCCGAACCAAAAUGACAGGUUCAGCUCCACCCCCUUCUCCAACACCUAACAAAGAGAUGAAGAACAAAGCCGUUCUCUGCAAACCUUUAACAAUGACGAAAGCUACUUACUGUAAACCUCACAUGCAGACCAAAUCUUGUCAGACAGAUGAUAAUUGGAAGACAGAAUAUGUUCCAGUGCCUAUCCCUGUGCCUGUGUAUAUCCCAGUACCUAUGCACAUGUACAGUCAGAAUAUUCCUGUUCCUACUACAGUUCCUGUUCCUGUGCCGGUUCCUGUUUUUCUGCCUGCCUCCUUGGACAACAGUGAGAAGAUCCCUGCAGCAGUUGAGGAGCUAAAAAACAAAGUUUCCUCAGAUCCUCUUGAUGCAGAGCUGCUUACAAUGACAGAUAUGAUGACUGAGGACGAGGGGAAGACGGAAGCUGCCAACAUCAACAGUGUAAUUAUUGAAACAGACAUAAUUGGUUCAGAUCUCUUGAAGAACUCUGACCCGGAGACACAGUCCAGUAUGCCUGAUGUACCAUAUGAACCAGAUUUGGAUAUCGAAAUAGAUUUCCCUAGAGCUGCUGAGGAACUUGAUAUGGAAAAUGAAUUUUUAUUACCACCUGUUUUCGGAGAAGAAUAUGAGGAACAGCCUAGACCUCGAUCUAAAAAAAAGGGAGCCAAGAGAAAGGCUGUAUCAGGAUACCAGUCUCAUGAUGAUAGUUCUGACAAUUCAGAAUGCAGCUUUCCUUUCAAAUAUACGUAUGGUGUAAACGCAUGGAAACACUGGGUCAAAACUAGGCAACUUGAUGAAGAUCUUCUUGUAUUAGAUGAGCUAAAAUCUCCUAAAUCAGUAAAGUUGAAAGAGGAUCUGCUCUCUCACACCACGGCUGAGCUUAACUAUGGGUUAGCUCAUUUUGUGAAUGAGAUCCGACGGCCAAAUGGAGAGAGUUAUGCACCUGACAGCAUCUAUUAUCUUUGCCUUGGAAUACAGGAGUACUUGUGUGGUAGUAAUCGAAAAGACAACAUAUUCAUUGAUCCAGGAUACCAGACAUUUGAGCAAGAAUUGAAUAAAAUACUUCGAAGUUGGCAACCAAGUAUACUUCCGGAUGGGUCAAUAUUUUCUCGAGUCGAAGAAGAUUAUCUCUGGAGGAUAAAACAACUGGGAUCACACUCUCCAGUAGCUCUUCUGAAUACCCUGUUCUACUUUAACACUAAGUAUUUUGGUCUGAAAACAGUGGAACAACACUUAAGACUUUCCUUUGGCACUGUGUUUAGGCACUGGAAAAAAAAUCCUUUAACAAUGGAAAACAAAGCAUGUCUUCGAUACCAAGUGUCUUCCUUAUGUGGAACAGAUAAUGAAGAUAAAAUUACUACUGGAAAAAGAAAACAUGAAGAUGAUGAGCCAGUAUUUGAACAAAUUGAAAAUACAGCCAAUCCUUCUAGAUGUCCUGUGAAAAUGUUUGAAUGCUACUUGUCUAAAAGUCCACAGAAUCUUAAUCAGAGAAUGGAUGUUUUUUAUUUGCAACCAGAAUGCUCUAGUUCUACAGAUAGCCCUGUCUGGUACACAUCUACUUCACUGGACCGAAACACCUUGGAAAAUAUGCUUGUACGGGUUCUUUUAGUAAAAGAUAUUUAUGAUAAAGACAAUUAUGAACUGGACGAAGACACAGACUAAAAAGGAACGUUUCAGAAGCAAUCGGGAUAAAACAGCAUUAGAUAGUCAUGCUGCUAGAUCUUUAUUAUGGAAAACAUUUCAAGUUUACUCCUUCUGUUUUGAGUUUUGUAGCAGUGUACCCACACUGGGUAUUACCAUGUAAAUAAUCUGUGAGUGAAAGUUGCCAUUAUUCUAUGUAGUGGUUUUAGGAUACUUAACAAAUACAUUCAAAUUCUUUUUUUAUUAUUUAUUUGAUUAGGUAUGUUUGUAACUUUUUACAUUACAAAAUACGAAUGAGAAUGUGCCAUGUAUAAUUUUUUUCUUGUAGUAAGAAACAUCCAUAUUGCACAACUCUACUGUUGCAAAGCUUCCUUGAAAGGAGGCUCUUUUACUGGGUUCUUUACCAGAUGGUUGUGUAUGGGUAGCACUACUAAAAGUUUAGAACUUGCAGUGUCUUUCCGAAUUUUUAAAAUAAACUGUAAACUAAUAGGCUGGGUUUUUUGUUUUGUUUUUUGGGGGUUUUGUUUGUUUGUUUUACGUUUUAGUUACUGAAGCCUUACAAGGUUAUGUAGAGAGAUACCAUCUUCUGUACCAAAAAUAGACAAGAGAAUGCUGUCGAUAUUGGUGUACUGUAAUGUGAAUCUAUACUGGUGAAAACAACUUUUUGUUCCCCUUAUUAAAACCUUAGUGUCCUUUU